UAGGAUAAAUUCUUUCCUUCGCAGGGGCCUUAUGAAAUAAAUCUCUUACAGGUCGUCAUUCUCAGUCGUUUCGAAGAUCGAAUCAGUCAGAAGGUUCACCCCGCACCCUGGGGGAUUGAGGAGUUAAGACUUCCUUGCCCUUAGGCCCGCUGUAAGUCUUAUCCUAAAGUGGUCCCCACGAAACUUUAAACAAGACUCAGUUUUCUCUAUUUAACUCAGUGGCUAAAGCACGACGGUUAUACGGGGAAAGUCAUUGGUUCAAAUAAAUUAGUAGGUAAAAUUUAUUAGAUAGCAAAUCCAUGAAUAUGGAGAUGGACUUCACAUUCAGCACUAUACUCCUCAUUUUCUCUAUCUUUUUAAUCCUAAAACUGCAAAAUGCAAGAAAGAAAAAUCUUCCUCCAAGUCCACCAUCACUACCAAUUAUUGGACACCUUCAUCUCCUCAAAUCUCCAAUCCACCAAACUUUCAAAUCACUUUCUUCCAAAUAUGGCCCAAUUAUGUACCUAAAGUUUGGUAUAUCUCAAGUGAUAAUCGUGUCAUCUGCUUCAGUCGCAGAGCAAUGCUUUACCAAAAAUGACAUUAUUUUCGCCAAUCGACCUAAGUCCCUUGUUAGUAAACACCUAGGCUACAACCACACAACAAUUGGAUUCUCACCUUAUGGUGACCAUUGGCGUAAUCUUCGUCGCAUUUCUAGCAUUCAAAUAUUUUCCACUUUUAGCCUCAACAAUUCCUCCACCAUCCGCACUGAAGAAGUCCAAUUCGUGGCUAAAAAAUUGUUCAUGGACUACAAAGGAGGAAUUGCACAAAAAGUGAAUUUAAGAGUUCUAUUUGAUAAAUUAAUAUACGAUGUGUUAACGUUGAUGGUCGCGGGUAAACGUUGGACCGAGCCAUGGACUCAUGACAUGUUCGGUCCGACAAUGAUUAUGAACAUUUGUGAUUAUAUUUCAGUACUUCAGUGGGUUGGAUUUCAAGGAUUGGAGAGGAAUUUGGUGGAGUUAAAGAAAAGAAGAGAUAAAUUUCUCCAGGGCCUAAUUGAUGAAUGUAGAAAUAGCAAAGCUGAUGAUAGGAAAACAAUUAUUCACACGUUGUUGUCGUUGCAAAGAGCCCAACCAGAAUGUUACACUGAUGAUAUUAUUAAAGGUGUCAUAAUGGUAAUUUUCACUGCUGGAACACAUACAUCAGCUAUAACCAUGGAGUGGGCAAUGUCAUUGUUACUAAAUCAUCCAGAGGUAAUGAAGAAGGCACGGCUCGAAAUCGACAGCGUCACCGGAGCAGAGCAACGUCAAUUAACGGAAUCAGACAUCCUUAAAUUACCAUAUUUACGUUGCAUAAUCAAGGAAACACUAAGGUUAUUUCCUGCUGGACCACUUUUAGUCCCACAUUUUUCAACACAAGAUUGUACAAUUGAAGGUUACCAUAUUCCUAAAGGUACAAUAUUAUUAGUCAAUGCUUGGGAAAUACAAAGGGAUAGUAAAACUUGGGAAGAGCGAAAUAAGUUCAAGCCAGAGAGAUUUGAAGGAAUGGAAGGGGGAAUUGAAGGGUGUGCGUUUAUACCAUUUGGUAUAGGGAGAAGGGCUUGUCCUGGUUCUGGACUCGCUAUGAGAUUGAUUGGUUUAGUAUUGGGCUUAUUUAUUCAGUGUUUUGAUUGGGAAAGAGUUGGGAAUGAAUUGGUGAGCUUAGAAGAAAAUUGCGGGCUGAUGCUAAGUAAACUUGAGCCUUUGGUGGCAUUGUACAAGCCUAGAGAAUCCAUGGCCACACUCUUUUCUCAACAUUUUAGCUAGACAGCUUAAGUACUUUUCAUGUGCCUCGUGGAAAUUGUCAACUUAUGCAGAGUGUAUAACAAUGUAUAAUUAAUGUAUGAUAGGUACAUAAUGAUUAUAUUGUUGUAA